AGUGAUGGCUUCUAAACCGGUGUUUGCACUGAUCUUCUCUCUCUUCUUGGUUGCUCAAGUUUCAUCUGAUUCAAAGAAAAAUGAAGAAUCCAGCCAUGUUUUCAGCGGAGGAGACAAUGAACGAAUGGACGAGGUGCAAUACUUCAAAGAUGGGGUAAUAUCCCGAGACCUCGCCCCAUCUCCGGCCCCAACCCCUAGUCAGGGGAUCGACUGCGGUGGGCUUUGCAAGACGCGAUGCAGCCUCCACUCGAGACAGAAUACAUGCUUGAGGGCGUGUGGAACAUGUUGUGCUAGGUGCAAGUGUGUGCCCCCAGGGACCUUUGGCAAUAGAGAAAUGUGUGGAACAUGUUACACAAAUAUGACCACCCAUGGAAAUAAGAGCAAGUGCCCAUAAUCAAAUAAAAUUAAUUAAUAUCUGUGGGGCCCCUUUUUGCAGCUGGAUCUUUUAAUGGCUUCAUUGUAUUAGACUAUUAGGUUAAGUUUGGUGGGACUGUUUUGUUUGGAUUGAACUUAUUGUUGUCCUUGUUUUCUUUGAACUUGUGUAAUAUAUGGAGUAUCUUUCAAUGAGAAGUUGGGAUACUAUUGUUUUUUU